UCUGAGGUUCCUUUAUAUGUACAUAUUUGCUAGGAUUUGCAUCAAAGUUUUUAUUUCCUACUCAAAAUGGUGAAAAUUCAUGUCCUCAUUGCUUCUUUAUUGAUGGCAAAUUAUUUUGUGCUUCACCAAGCAAUUAUACCACCCCAAAAUCUCACCACAGAUCUAUCUGCUCUUCUUGAAUUCAAAAGCCAUAUUUCUUUGGACCCUUUUGGCUUCUUGGACAAUUGGUCUUCCACAACCUUUGUCUGCAACUGGACUGGGAUUUCUUGUGCUUUCAAGAACCGAAGGGUUACAGCUCUGAAUCUUUCUAAUUGGAGCCUUAGAGGGAUAAUUCCUCCUCAUCUAGGAAAUCUCACAUUCUUGACUUCACUGGAUUUCAGCCAUAACAAUUUCAGUGGCUUCAUCCCUCAUCAGUUAGCUAAUCUGAUAAGUUUGAAACAGAUGAAUGUUGGAUACAACAACUUGUCUGGAGAAAUCCCUUCAUGGUUUGGAAACUUGCAAGAACUUCGAUUUCUUCUUCUCAACAACAACACCUUCUCAGGUGCGAUCCCGCUUUCUUUAGGGAAUAUCUCAAAUCUGGAGAAACUGAAUCUGGGGUACAAUUUAUUGGAAGGAAAUAUUCCAAAAGGGAUUGGAAAUCUUUCCAACUUGAGGACAUUAACUUUAAGAGGUAACCAGCUUACCGGGUCCAUACCAUCUGGCAUCUUCAAUAUAUCCUUGGAAGAAAUCGACUUUGCAGAGAAUAGCUUAUCUGGUAGUCUCCCAUUAGAUAUCUGCAACCAUCAGUUGAAACAGAUCAAAGGACUGAACCUUUCAGUCAAUCAGCUUCAAGGUUCAAUUCCAUCUGAGUUAUAUAAUUGCAGAGACCUUGAGCAUUUGUCACUGUCCUACAAUCAGUUCAACGGUCAGAUUCCAAGAACACUUGGAUUCUUGGUCAAGCUCAAGGAUUUAUCUCUUGGGGGAAACAUUUUUACAGGCGGAAUUCCAAUGGAAAUUGGAAAUCUUAGCAGCAUGCAGAUACUAAACUUGCAGAGUAGCUUUCUGACAGGGAGAAUUCCAUGGCCUGUCUUCAAUAUAUCCUCUUUGAGAGCAUUGGAUUUGUCUAACAACAGCCUCACAGGAAGCUUACCGUUAGACAAGUUUUACAACCUUCCAGCACUCAAAGAGCUACAUCUUUCAACCAAUCAGCUGAUUGGCUCGAUUCCCUCGUUCAUAUGGGAAUGCAAGACCCUCGAAACUUUAGAUUUAUCAAAAAACAACUUCACGGGUGGCAUAUCAAAGAGGGUUGGGAACCUAACAUCGCUCCAAAACCUUCUUCUAGAUCAUAACAUGCUGACAGGUGAAUUACCAAGUGAGAUUGGUAACCCCAAACUGGAAACGCUUUAUCUUGGAAGUAAUAACCUAGCAGGCCAUGUUCACCCAGAGGUAUUCAAUAUGUCAUCACUAAUUAGGAUGAGCUUGGAUGAGAACAACUUCAAUGGCUCUCUCCCUUUUAGCAUGUGGACUACACUUCCUAAUCUUCAAGUGCUUAAUCUAGACAACAACAAAUUCACGGGGAUGAUCUCAAGCUCUAUAUCCAAUGCAUCUAAGCUCACCUUCCUUUCCUUAAACUUUAACUCUUUUACUGGCCCUUUACCAACUACCCUUGGCAAAUUAAGAUUCCUCAAAAGACUUUUUGUCGGAGCAAACAAUUUCACCAGAGAAUCGUCAACCCCAGAACUAAAGUUCAUCUCUUCUUUGACAAAUUGCAGAGAGUUGGAGAAAAUGGAACUAUCACUGAAUCAAUUCAAUGGUUUCCUUCCAACUUCAAUUGGGAAUUUCUCAAAAACUGUUACUAUGUUCAAUGCCUUUGGAAGCCAUAUUAAGGGCACCAUUCCAAGUGAAAUUGGAAACAUAAGCAGCUUGGAAUCCAUAAACAUGGAUAGCAACGAAUUCACAGGAUCCAUCCCCUCUACAAUUGGAAAACUAGCUCAUUUGGAUCGUAUAUAUCUAGAACACAAUGGGCUUCAAGGUUCCAUCCCAGCUGAGCUUUGCCAACUGAAAAUGCUUGGUGACUUGUAUCUGAAUGAAAACAUGCUCACUGGUCCAAUACCAGAUUGCUUAGGGGAACUCAAAUCCUUGAGAAGAGUCUUCUUGCACCUCAACAAUUUGACAUCUACAAUUCCAUUGAGUUUUUGGAACCUUAACGAUCUCUUAAGUCUGAACCUGUCUUUGAACUCUUUAAGUGGUGAUAUUCCCUCGCAGAUUCAGAAUCUUAAGGUCAUAAGAGAAUUAGACUUAUCAUGGAAUCAAUUAUCAGGUGAUAUUCUAAGUUCAUUCAGCAGUGCUCAAUCACUUGUUUUUUUGUCCUUGGCACACAAUACUUUUCGAGGGCGCAUUCCUCAAUCUAUGGGAAAUUUGAUAAGCAUGGAGUAUUUGGAUUUGUCUCACAAUGAUUUUUCUGGAACAAUUCCGCAGUCCAUGGUGAAGCUUGGAGACCUAAAUUACUUCAAUGUGUCUUUCAAUAAACUGGAAGGGGAAGUUCCAACAGAUGGACCAUUUGCCAACUUUACUGCUCAAUCCUUUGUGCAAAAUUAUGCAUUAUGUGGCUUAGCUAGGUUAAAUUUGCCACCUUGCAGAACAAAUUCCCCUUCCCAUUCAUGGUCAAGAAACAUUUUGAAGUACAUUCUACCUCCAAUCGUGUUUGCUGUCCUAAUUGUUGCAAUCAUCACAUUUUUGUUGGCAAUAAAAAGACGAAGCAGGGAAAUAUCAAGUGAGAUAUCACCGGGUGAAGGAUCAUUACUUCAACAGUUUUAUUGGGGAAGGGUUUCUUACGAAGAGCUACUAGAAGCGACAGAUUCCUUCAGCACGAACUAUCUACUUGGAACUGGAAGUUUUGGUUCUGUAUAUAAAGGGACACUCCUCGAUGGAUCCGAAGUCGCGAUAAAAGUUUUCCAUCUGCAAUCUAGGGAAGUAACCAAGAACUUUGACGCAGAAUGUGAAGUAUUGGCCAGCAUCCGUCACCGAAACUUGAUAAGAAUCCACAGUUGCUGUGUUAAUCGUGAUUUUAGAGCCGUGGUACUGGAGUAUAUGCCAAAUGGGAGCCUUGAAAAAUGGUUGCAUUCUGAAAAUUAUUUCUUGGACGUGGUACAAAGGUUUAAGAUUAUUGUUGAUGUGGCGUUGGCUUUAGAAUACCUUCACUUCAAUCACGCACCAGCUGUUGUUCAUUGUGAUCUGAAGCCUGGCAACAUCCUGCUAGAUGAAGAUAUGGUUGCACACGUCUGUGAUUUUGGUAUCUCCAAAAUCUUUGGCAAUGGGGAAACUAUGGUUCAAACCAAAACUUUAGCCACAGUUGGUUAUAUGGCACCAGAAUAUGGAGAGAAUGGAAUAGUGUCUACAAGUGGUGAUGUCUACAGUUUUGGCAUAAUUUUGCUGGAAACAUUCACAGGGAAAAAGCCAACUGAUGAUAUCUUUGGUGAAGAAUUGAACUUGAAGCAAUGGGUUAGCAAAUCUGUAGAGGCAAACUCAGUAAUAGAAGUUGUUGACAGAAACUUAAUUCACGAAGAAGAUCAGAACUUCUGUCUGAUGGAGCAGUGUUUGUUGUCUAUUCUUCAUGUUGGGCUACUCUGUCUAAGCGAUUCACCUCACAAGAGAAUCAACAUGAGGAACGUUGUGACCAGACUAGAAAAUAUUGAAGUCCCACUAGUUAAAAAAUUAUAG